AUGAGCGCCUUGGUCCAAGUCACGGACUUUGGUUCGAACCCGACAGGGCUCCAGAUGUACAUCAAUGUUCCAGCCAAGCUCGCAACCAAGCCAGCUGUUAUCCUCGCGCUCCACGCUUGCGGCGGUAACGGGCCAGGAUACGCCCAGCAGACCAAGUACAACACCUUGUCCGAGCAGUACGGCUUCAUCACCAUCUUCCCAAGCACCACCAAGGACUUCAACUGCUGGGACGUCGCAUCUGCCAAGUCCCUCACCCACGAAGGCGGCGGCGACACACAGGGCCUCUCCAACAUGGUCAAGUACACGAUCCAGAAGUACGACGCCGACACGUCCAAGAUCUUCGUCACCGGCACCUCGUCCGGCGGCAUGAUGACCAACGUCCUCGCGGCCACGUACCCGGACCUCUACGCCGCGGGUUCUGCCUACUCCGGGGUCGCUGCGGGCUGCCUCGCCGGGUCGCCCGGUGCGUCACCCAUCAGUGCGGACCCUGCCUGCGCGAAUGGCGACGUCCGGAAGACGCAGGACCAGUGGGCGGCGCAGGUGAAGGCCAUGUACCCGGCAUGGACCGGUCCGUACCCACGGAUGCAGACCUGGCACGGCACCGCGGACAACCUGGUGUUUUAUCCGAAUCUGGCUGAGCAGAUCAAGGAGUGGUCUGGUAUCCAUGGUGUGGCAUUUUCGAAGAAUAACACGAACACGCCGCAGUCUUCGUACACACAGAUGGUGUAUGGGGAUGGCACGAAGCUUGUGGCUUACAGCGCGCAGGGUGUCGGGCACACUGUCCCGCUAGGCCUUCUGGAGCGCCUACAACAGCUCGGAGAGGAGAUGGGGCGUACCACGACGGUCACUCUUGGGGGAUACAAGUACAAGGAGACAUGGGCUACAGAGACUAUGACGAAGAAUCAUGGUGCUCGUGCGACCGUCUUCCAUCGGGCUGAUGUCGUAUCUCUGCUAUAUGACAGCCUCAGCAAAGAUGAUAAGGCGCGAAUCCUUACAGACAAAACCGUGACCGACAUUGCCACCGAAAAUGGCGGAAUCGAGGUUCGUUGUGGCGAUGGAAGUACAUUUCAUGGGUCCAUGGUCAUCGGAGCAGAUGGUGUCAACAGCAAAGUCCGCCAGAAAAUGCGUGAGCUCGCGAUCAAAUCAUCAGCACCACACGUCAACGUGGAGAAGCCGUACCUUUCUGCGUACAAGGUGUUGUGGUGUACCUUUCCUCGCCAGCCAUGCAAUGACCCAGGCGACACGGUAGAGAUCCACGGAAAGGAUGUCUCACUCCAGUGUCUCAACAGCCAGAACCGAUCAUGGCUGUUCAUCUACGAGAGGCUCGGACAAACCACGCGGGAGCGAGUCUCUUACUCACAAGAGGAUGUCGAGGGUUUUGCCAAGCGACAUGGUGAUCUCGCAAUCGGCGAGCAGCUCAAGGUCAAGGACGUAUUUCCCAAGCGCUACACGGCAGGCAUGUCCAACUUGGAAGAGGGCAUCGUCAAGCACUGGAGCUGGGACCGCAUAGUGCUCGUCGGAGACGCGUGCCACAAGUUUACGCCGAACCAAGGUCUCGGUUACAAUAACGGCGUCCAGGACGUCGUCGCCCUAGUGAACGAGCUGGACCGCGAGAUUUCGGCCGAGUACCGCUCUGGAGGCGCUGUGUUGCCUCUUGAGUCUCUCACUGGUGCUUUCUCGCGGUACCAAGCUGCCCGGAUGAAGCUCCUGCGAAAGGAUUUCAAUGCCUCGGCGGGUUGGACCCGCAUGUCAGCCUGGAGUAACGGUAUCAAUCAUCUUUUGGAUCGUUAUGUUCUGCCGGCGAUUCCCAAAUUCGACGAGUUUGCGAUCACUUAUUUCAUUUCUGGGCUGGUCAGCAAGACGCUUGUUAUGGACUUUAUCGAGAGUGAGGAGCCGUUUCAAGGCAAGGUCCCAUGGAAGCAUGCCAUGAAAACUCCGUAA